AUGGGGAAAACGUUCAUAUUCAGCCUGCCGGUGGUGGUGGCGGGGAUCGUCCUUGGAGCCGCAUCUGUUGCAUCCAUCAUCGGCCUCGCUGUGGUCUACUCCCAGGCGUUAUCGAGGAAUGCGGAGCCCUCCGUGGCCACCACCACCACCACCAAGCCUAUUAUCACCAGCAAGCCUGUUAUCACCACCAAGCCCGUUAUCACCACGCCGACACCGUCCAACGAGCUGUGGGACCAGUACCGGCUGCCAGACACUCUUGCACCACACCAAUACAACAUCACCCUGUGGCCUCGCCUGACGAAGAAUGAGCACGGCUUGUAUAUCUUCACUGGACACUCUACGGUGGACUUUCAGUGCGUGAAGGAGACAGACCUGAUCCUCAUUCACUCCAACAAACUCAACUUGACCAAGUCUGGUGAGCAUCACGCAACACUGACCGGACUUGGUGGUGCAGUUGCACCAACUAUCAAGACCACAUGGCUUCAGGUGACCACAGAGUACCUGGUCAUCCAGCUCAAUGGCAAACUAGAGGCAGGGAAGUCCUACCAACUCUAUACCAGCUUUACUGGAGAACUGGCGGAUGACCUGGGAGGAUUUUAUAGGAGUGAAUACUAUGAAGGAACAACCCUUAAAGUUGUUGCCACAACCCAGAUGCAGCCGACUGACGCUAGGAAAGCCUUUCCCUGCUUUGAUGAGCCGGCCUUGAAAGCCAAGUUCUACAUGACCCUCAUCCACGAUCGCAACACUGUAGCCCUCUUCAAUGGCAUGGAGAUUGCUACUGUCAACCAAACAAUGGAAGCAGCGGAGGUGUCCAUAACCACGUUUGAACCGACGCCGAUAAUGUCCACCUACCUGCUGGCAUUUGUUGUUUGUGAAUUCAGCUCCAUCAAGACUCCACCAGCAGCCAAAGUCUUGAUCCGCAUCUGGGCUCGUCCACAGGCCAUUCUUGAGGGCCAGGGAGACUACGCCCUGGAAAAGACAGGCCCUAUCCUGGACUUCUUUGAGAAAUACUACAAUUCUUCCUAUCCACUGGAGAAGUCAGAUCAGAUCGCUCUUCCUGAUUUCAGUGCGGGCGCCAUGGAGAACUGGGGCCUGAUCACCUACCGAGAGACAGCCCUUCUGUACGACCCCAAGAGGUCCUCCAACGCCGACAACGAGUGGGUGGCUACCGUCAUCUCCCAUGAGCUGGCUCAUAUGUGGUUUGGGAACCUGGUUACAAUGAGGUGGUGGAAUGACCUGUGGCUGAACGAAGGCUUCGCCACCUACGUCUCCUUCCUGGGUGCUGACUCGGCAGAGCCGGCCUGGAAAGUUAAAGACCUGUUUGUACUGACUGUCCACGGGGUGUUUGGUGUGGACGCUCUCGCCUCCUCCCACCCUCUCUCCUACCCUGAGAAAGAGAUCAACACGCCAGCUCAAAUCAGCGAACUCUUCGACUCCAUCACCUACAGUAAGGGUGCGUCAGUGUUGAGGAUGCUGUCUGAGUUCGUGACAGAGGCCGUCUUUUCCAAGGGUCUCAGUACUUACUUGGAUGAGUAUAAAUAUAAGAACACCGUGUACACAGACCUUUGGAAGCAUCUACAAACCGCGGUGCAUCAGAAUCCGGCUGUGCAACUCCCAACCUCCAUCGAGGAGAUCAUGAACCGUUGGAUCCUCCAGAUGGGAUUUCCUGUCGUCACCAUAGAUACCUCAACAGGAACCAUAAGCCAAAAGCACUUCCUGACUGACCCUGAGUCAGUAGUGGACAGACCAUCCGCUUACAACUAUGAGUGGAUUGUGCCCAUAACAUGGAUGAAGAAUGGAGCUCAACAGGAUCCUAAAUGGCUUGAAACCAAGACAACUGAUCAUCUAGCAAUGAAGACCAAUGAGUGGCUUCUUGCCAACCUCAAUGUUGCUGGAUUCUACAGGGUCAACUAUGACCAGGCAAACUGGGACCGCCUUCUGAAUCAACUAAACACCAACCAUAUGUCCAUUCCAGUGAUCAACAGGGCUCAGAUUGUGGAUGAUGCAUUCAACCUGGCCAGGGCAAAGAUUGUGGAUACUGUCCUGGCUCUAAAGACCACGCAGUACCUGUCCAAGGAGACAGACUAUUUGCCGUGGCAGGCGGCUGUAAGCAGUCUGGAUUACUUCUUCCUCAUGUUUGAUCGAACAGAGGUGUACGGUGUCAUGCAGAAAUAUCUGGAUAGCAAAGUGGAACCCCUUUUUAAACACUUUGAGACCAUUACUACAAACUGGACAACCAUCCCCGAUGGACACGCUGAUCAGUACAAUCAGGUGAUUGCCAUCUCGCUGGCCUGUAAAGUUGGAGUGGCGGGAUGUGCUGAACUAACCCUCGGCUGGUUCAAGGAGUGGAUGAAAGACCCCGAAAAUUACUUCGUCGACCCCAACCUGAGGCAGACAAUGUACUGUAAUGGCAUUGCAGCAGGAGGUGUGGAGGAGUGGGACUUCGCCUGGAAGAUGUUUAAGAGCUCGACCAAUGCUGCAGAGGCAGAGAAACUGCUCUAUGCCCUCUCCUGCACUAAAGUGCCAUGGCUGCUCAACAGGUACCUACAGUACUCUCUGGAUCCCAAUAUGGUGCGCAAACAGGACGCUACGUUCUCCAUCAUCUACAUUGCGGGCAACGUGAUUGGUCAGCCUCUGGCCUGGGACUUCAUCCGAGCCAAUUGGAAGUUCAUUUUCAAUGACUAUGGAGGCGGUGGACUGUCCUUCGGCAGGCUCAUCACUGGGACCACAGAGAGAUUCUCCACUGAGUUUGAGCUCAACCAGCUGCUGAGCUUCAAGGCAGAGCACGCGGAGACUGGCUUCGGCUCCGCUACCAUCGCCCUGGACCAGACGAUAGAGAAGACAAAAGCCAACAUCAAAUGGGUAGCAGAGAACAAGGACAAGGUGAACCAGUGGUUGUCUGAAGCAGUUGGACAACCGUGAAUAACAAGCCAAACAUGUACAGAUCAGCGAGAUGAUAGGCUGAGAGAGAUCUCAACACCAGUUUUAAUCGGUGUUGAUUGGUCGGAUAUUAGACGUAUGGCUCGAUGAAGCAGCCAAGCACUGCAUUAUUUAAUGUUGAAUGAUAACACUGUAAUAUACCGCGACACCAGCACUUAUGAGAUCUGUAAGAUAUUUAUAUUUGUUCAAGUUUACAUUCAGUGAAGGUUUAAGGACAUGAUGCAGAGACCUGCUGAUGUUACCUUCAUGAGAUUUACACAUGUGAUGCCAAAGAGAAGUAAGAGAUGAUAAUGUGAUUUUGGUACCUAUAUAUUUUCAAUCAAUAAAACACUGUAUAGAUUUAAUACUGACCAGAAGCUGUUUGUUUGCCUCUCAUUGUGCACACACACAACAUCUAGAAAACCAUACCAAAAGCUUUCUUAU